ACCGAAAACCCCAAUUCAAGACCCAUAAACCAAAAACCCAAAAUGGCAGAAGCAAAACAACCCCAUUUGAAUGGAGCUUACUACGGCCCACCAAUCCCACCACCCCAAAACUACCACCGCCCCGGCCGAGGCCCUGGCUGCUUAGGCUGCUGCGGUUGUUGCCUCUUAAACUGCCUUCUCAAAAUCAUCUUCUCCAUAAUUAUCGUUCUGGGCCUCAUUAUUCUGGUCGUUUGGCUUGCCUUACGCCCAAACAAGAUCAAAUUCUACGUUGUAGACGCUUCUCUCACUCAAUUCAAUCUUACUGGUACGACUCUCCGUUACGAUCUCGCACUCAACAUCACAGUCAGAAACCCAAACAAGAAAAUCGGUGUCUACUACGACAGUAUCGAAGCUAAAGCAUACUAUGAUGAUAUAUUGUUCGGUACUGAUACUUUGAGUCCUUUCUAUCAAGGUCAUAAGAAUACUUCUAUGCUUAGUCCUGCUUUUCAAGGAGAGUCUCAGUUAAGCUUGAGUAGUAAGGCACUGUCGGAGUAUAAUACAGAGACGAGUGGUGGAGAAUACUAUGUGGAUGUGAAAUUGUAUUUAAGGGUUAGGUUUAAGAUUGGAAAAAUUAAGACUUCUCGUAUGAAGCCUAAGGUUAAGUGUGAUUUGAAGGUUCCUGUUGUUUCUAAUAGGAAUUCUGCUGGUGGGUUUGGUACUACCAAGUGCGAGAUUGAUUUCUGAUCAUCCUCCACGAUAUUCCAGAGUUUUAGAUUUCU